AUGGGACCCACAGACAAGGUGCUCAUGUCCACCACCUCCUUCUCCCAUCUGCCCUGCGAACUCAGGGAAAUGGUCUGGGCGUCCUCUGCAAGGGACACACGGAGAGCCGCCCACUUCUUCACAGUUUCGGCACAACCCAGGAUGACAGCCACCGGCCCUGGGUUCGAACUCGCGGCACCCACACCCCAAGACGGUUCAGCAACCGUCGAGGACUGGAUUGUGGGCAAUCAAUCGGCGUAUAUCCAAGACGCCAUGCUUUGGACAACCUGCGCGAGUUCCCGAAUCUUUGUGUCCCGCCACUACCGCCGGCUUUGGCAAGCCAUGGAUCCCCGUCCGCAAACCGACCCCUUUGUUACCUGCGGUAUCAACCGCAACGGGGAGGAAUGGCGGUUCAAGGUCUUGCCGUCGCAGGACCUCUUCUGCAUACGGCCACUUAGCACCGGCGCUUCGUGGCAUGUAUAUUCUCGUUACAUGCUCCCGGGGAGAAAGGAUCGGGUCGACCUUGCCAACGUGGCCCUCGAGUUUGAUCCUGCCUGGCUCGAUUCCUCCGUGGUCAAAGCCGGCGAGGUGCCGUAUGCGGCUGAUAGUCCUCUCGGGUUCAUCAUCCGAACUCUCCGGGCGGUGGCAGAGGGUGCGAUGGGCGCCGGCUUCAACUUCUGGCUCAUCGACCGCACUAUCCGGAAGAGAAAGCAGCCACUGGCAGAAAGUGACGACGAGGAUGAAGAGAGGCCCGAGCCGACGGUAUUUCAUGGUCGCGACAAACGGUAUAUCCACAUCCGAGAGGAAAGCGAGUGCACCUGGGACGCCUCGAAGCCAAUCACAGCUUUCCGCUUUCUCGACUGGCUCCAGGUCGAAGUUGGACUCAACACUCGCUGGAUGAUGGCACACCGAACCGGAACACAACGGGCAAAGCCGCCGCUUCCAUAUCGCGACCUGAACGAACUGGUCAUGGUGCUUUCUGAGGAGGAUAUAUAA